CACACACAUAAUAGACAAGAUGGCAUCUACGGCACUAUCGAGAGCCUUCCCUGCUGCAUUGAAGGAAGUGCGAUUCCACAUGUGUCAAUCAGGUCAAGCAAGUGCAGGAGCAAGACAAUUCAUCGAAUCAUCAUACAAAUCCAUCAAACAAUCAAACCCAGAGCUACCGUUCUUGAUCAGAGAAGCAUCUGGAGCACCAGCACGUAUCUUUGCACGAUUUGAUCGUGGAGUAGAGAAACAUGCUGAACUUGAUGGAUUAUCAGCUUCGGAUGUUGAAAAGAAAGUUACAGAGCUCAUCAGUCAAGGAGGAAAAGCGUAA